UUCUUUUUAAAAGCAGCACGUGUAGACGCGGACGACUUGCGUAGCAUCGAAUAAGAUAAUUUAGCUUAGUUAAUCAAAAAUGCCGUCAGACGCAAAAAAAAGGGCGCAACAAAAGAAAAAGGAACAGGCGAGCAAUAGAAAUAAAAAACCUGUGGCCAGAGUAACCAAUGAAGAGAAUGGAUCCGCGACUAACGGAACCAGCAAAGAGGAAAGGGAACUUACAGCCGAAGAGGCAUUAUGCCUGAAAUUAGAAGCAGAAGCCAAAAUGAACUCAGAGGCGCGGUCCUGCACUGGUUCCUUGGCUGUUCAUCCUCGUUCCCGAGACAUUAAGAUAGCAAAUUUUUCCAUCACCUUCUAUGGAAGUGAACUGCUACAGGAUACUUUGCUUGAGCUUAACUGCGGCCGAAGAUAUGGUCUAGUAGGGCUCAAUGGAUGUGGCAAAUCGUCAUUGCUGUCAGUGCUGGGGCGACGCGAAGUGCCGAUACCGGAGCACAUCGACAUCUUUCACCUGACGCGAGAGAUGCCGGCCUCCGAUAAGACCGCGUUGCAAUGCGUCAUGGAAGUGGACGAGGAGCGAGUGAAGCUCGAGAAACUGGCCGAAGAGCUCGCCCAUUGCGACGACGACGAUGCGCAAGAGCAACUGAUGGAUGUGUACGAUCGCCUGGACGACCUGAGUGCGGACACGGCGGAGGCGCGCGCCGCCCACAUCCUGCACGGUCUGGGAUUCUCCAAGGCUAUGCAGCAGAAGGCCACCAAGGACUUCUCCGGAGGUUGGCGCAUGCGUAUCGCACUCGCGCGCGCGUUGUAUGUGAAGCCUCACUUACUGCUGUUGGAUGAGCCGACCAACCAUCUCGAUCUCGACGCCUGCGUGUGGCUCGAAGAAGAAUUGAAACACUACAAACGGAUCUUGGUGCUGAUCUCCCACUCCCAAGAUUUCCUCAACGGAGUGUGCACUAACAUCGUCCACAUGAGCAAGCGACGGCUCAAGUACUACACCGGCAACUACGAAGCUUUCGUCAGGACUCGCAUGGAGCUGUUGGAGAACCAGAUGAAGCAAUACAACUGGGAGCAAGACCAGAUCGCUCACAUGAAGAACUACAUUGCGCGGUUCGGUCACGGUUCAGCCAAGUUGGCCCGUCAGGCGCAAUCGAAGGAGAAGACACUGGCCAAGAUGGUCGCUCAAGGCCUCACGGAGAAAGUGAUUGACGACAAGACUCUCAACUUCUACUUCCCCUCCUGCGGUAAGGUGCCGCCGCCCGUCAUCAUGGUGCAGAACGUAUCGUUUCGUUACACGGACAACGGACCAUGGAUCUACAAGAACCUCGAGUUCGGUAUAGAUCUAGACACGCGGCUCGCCUUAGUGGGCCCCAAUGGUGCUGGCAAAUCUACACUGCUUAAGCUGCUUUAUGGAGACUUGGUGCCGUCCACGGGCAUGAUUCGGAAGAACUCCCAUCUUCGCAUCGGGCGCUACCACCAGCACCUGCACGAACUGUUAGAUCUGGAUCUGUCUCCGCUGGACUACAUGAUGAAGAUGUUCCCCGAAGUCCGCGAACGAGAAGAGAUGCGCAAGAUCAUCGGUCGCUACGGACUCACGGGCCGGCAACAGGUUUGCCCUAUGCGCCAGCUGUCGGACGGGCAGCGUUGCCGCGUGGUAUUCGCGUGGCUCGCGUGGCAGACGCCGCAUCUUCUGUUGUUUGACGAACCCACAAACCAUCUCGACAUGGAGACCAUCGACGCGCUCGCCGACGCCAUCAACGACUUCGACGGCGGCAUGGUGCUCGUCAGCCACGACUUCAGGCUCAUCAACCAGGUCGCUGAGGAGAUUUGGAUCUGCGAGAAUGGCACCGUCACAAAAUGGCAAGGCGGCAUAUUGAAAUACAAGGACCACCUGAAAUCUAAAAUCCUGAAAGAAAACGCUGACAACGCGGCGAAGAUACGCAAAUAGUUAGACGCUACUCGACCCCUCAGCAUAAGCUUCAACGCUGUUGGGCCGACUAUCUCUAUUGUACCGCACAUUGGCACUUACGACGCGGGUAUAAGGCUUUAUUUCGUUUGCAGACGCCGCUUCGCAUCCAAAGGCUACAUAUGCCAACUAAAGAAAAAAAAAUGAAACUCUCAGCUACAUGUACCGAUUCAUAACAUCACAAUAGUUGCAUUUCGAUAAACGGUUUCGAGUUCUAAGCAAGGUUUGUAUCUACAUAGUCGUCGUCUGUGUGAGUAGUUAUUGAGUAAUAGUGUAGUUAUACGAAUUCCAUCAUAAUCAAUAAGCAACGUAUUCCAAGUCUCUUUUACAACGUUAUGGAAAGGAAUUCCUAUGUAGAAUAGAUGGAAAAUUACUAAGAAUAAAUAAUUUAUCGAUGACUUGUGGAAUACAGAUUUUGACCAAAAACAUAGUAGAAGGAAACAAGUAAGUUCUCUCUAAUCAAAGUGGAUUUCCCGCUAGGAUAAGAGCACCCGUCUGGUGAAGAGAACUGCAACUUACAGAAAAGCACAGUGAAAUAACAUUACUUUUUGUGGUGUGUUUCUGUCGGUGUGCAAGGUUUCAGGACUCCAUGGGGUAGAUUGGGUUUAAAUCAGAAAGAAGAAAUUUGCUGGAGCAGCACAUUUUUCUACCAUAUCUGUGACUUCAAUGUGUACUAAUCAGAUGAACUCCAUGCGCCUUGUAUAAAAAUCGCUUUGUAUUUAAUAUUUUUAAAUUAAUAAAUUGACUGCAUGCCAGUCGUCACUCGCUUUUUCAUUAUGAUUCUUUUCGUAUUGAGUUGUUUGGCAAGUUGUUUCUAAGAAUAAC